AUUUCUCAAGAUGGUGGACACAAUCUCACAAAAGUAGCUGUAAUCCUAACUUAAUAUGACUUAUAUGCACAGUGAAAGCAUAACAGUUUCUUCUAUACACAAACAGAUUUCUAGUGGUAAAGCAGGCAGCUUCAGGAAGAAAUAUAGAAAUCCGUCAUAUCCAAUCUUCCCCAUUAUUCUUUGUCUCUUUGACACAGUGAAUGUGUUGGGUCAAUAAAUAAAUAAACACAAAAUGGGCUUUGCCACAGGGUUAUAGUGCAGUCUAUUGGCAGCAACUAGCGAAGAAUGUUUGAAACAAACCCAUUUCCAGCUUCACAUGAAGAUUUGAUUCAUGAUGUAAAGUAUGAUUUCCAUGGUAAAAGAAAAGCUACUUGUUCAAGUGACCACAGUGUAAAGAUAUGGGAUUGUGAUGAAAAGGGACAGUGGCACUGCUCAGCUAAUUGGAAGGCUCACAGUGGAUCUGUUUGGAGAGUGACAUGGUGUCAUCCGGAAUACGGACAAGUUAUUGCUACGUGUUCAUUUGAUAGAACAGCAGCUGUAUGGGAAGAAUUGAUUGGAGAACAUGCAAGACAAAAUAAACAAUCACACUGGGUUAAAAGAACCAGUUUAGUUGACAGUAGAACAUCAGUUACAGAUGUCAAGUUUGCCCCAAGACAUUUAGGCUUACAAUUGGCAACAUGUUCUGCUGAUUGUGUAGUGAGAAUCUAUGAAGCACAUGAUGUGAUGAAUUUAAGUCAGUGGUCUUUACAACAUGAAAUACAAUGUAGUUUGAGUUGUAGUUGUUUGGCAUGGAAUCCAUCUUUAUCUAGAUCCCAUCCUCCUAUGAUAUGUGUUGGAAGUGAUAAUCCAAGCACAACAGCUGGUGGUAAAGUACAGAUAUAUGAAUACAGUGAUUCUAAUAGAAAAUGGAGGAAAUUAGAAAUAAUUUCAAUAGUAACCGAUCCAGUACAUGAUUUAGAAUUCGCUCCUAAUUUAGGACGAUCAUAUCAUUUAUUAGCAGUAGCUUCUAAAGACUUAAAUUUAUUCAGUAUAAAACCAUUGAGUUCCAGUUUAAAAGAUUCAGCAAAUAUCAGUAAGUUUGAUAUACAACGUUUAGGCGAAUUCACAGAACAUAAAUCACAGGUAUGGAGAAUAAGUUGGAAUGUAUUUGGUACUGUAUUAACUUCAUCAGGGGAUGAUGGUUGUGUUAGAUUAUGGAAAGCUAAUUAUAUGGGUAUUUGGAAGUGUGUACAAGUCUUGGAGGAUGGCAGUAGAAAGGCGGUAGCAUCAUAUGAAACGAAAACAGUUCCAGUUACAUCCAAUAAUAGUGUCAGGUACUAUCAUAUUAAACCAGUAGCUAAUGCCAGUCAGGCUAUUUGGCACUAACUAGGUUCCUGAAAAUGUCUUUUUUUGUGACAAAAUGUUGAUCUUGUCUUUUGAGAAAAGACUAAGUCAGUGAAAUUAAAUACACAAAUCUCUGGAAGUUCAAUUUAGUAGUAUUAGAUGUUGGAGAAGGGAAAGCAUACUCUUCUUGAGACAAAAACAUAGACAUUCACAUUUUUGUGGGUAGCUUGCAAGAGAGAUUACUGCUAAGCAGUACUAUUAUUUUCUAUGUGUGAAAGGACUAAUGUAUAACAUUGAUUUGCAAGAUAUAUUAAUAUAUAUAUAUAUAUAUAGAUACUUAGAUAGAUAGAAAGAUAUAUUUUAACAGUUUGAGUAGCACACCUCUUCUGAAUAAUUCUGGUCAUUUUUAAAUUUUUGUGACAUCUGUGUAAGUAAAUCAUUCAUGGUUGAUCUACAAUUUGAAAAAAAAGGCCUCGGAUUAAGAUAUUUUUUUUGCAUCAAGAAGGUUCAUUUUGUGA